AUGAUCGUCAAACACGGUCCUCCCAAUAAACAUGGAACUGCGCAGGAUAAGAUGGACAUGUGGCGUGUGGGCAGGGAUCAAGAGUUGAAUCGAAACUUUCGGUUUCUAUCUGUCCUCGGUUUCAGUACGGCGCUCUUUGGCUCUUCGAAUGGUUUGGCCAAUGGCGGAAAGGGGGGUAUGAUAUACUCCUACCUUGGAGGCCUGAUAGGAUUCAGCUUUGUGAUUCUCUCGAUGGUGGAGAUGGCUUCGAUAUAUCACCCUUCUGAGGCACCCACAUCCGGCGGCCAAUAUCAUUGGGUAUCAGAAUUCGUACCGCGGAGUUCCAACAUGUUGAUGGGUGUGAUUGCCAUCAAUUACCCCGAUUCAUAUACGUAUAAGCCAUGGCAUGUCACCCUGUUACUUAUCGCAGUGGCAGUGGUCGCGUUGGCAUUUACUACAUUCUUAGCCCAGAAGCUACCCUUGAUCGAGGGAGUUAUUUUGACUGUCCAUUGUUUUGGUUUCUUCGGCAUCCCGAUUCCCCUGUGGGUCUUGUCACCUUCAGUACCACCCUCCGAAGUAUUUGGAUCCAUUGAGGAUCGCGGGGGGUGGGAUAACAAUGGCUUGUCGUGCUUACACCAGGAUGUGUCUCGCGUACUUCCGCGAGGAAUGAUCUGGACCCUUAUUCUAAACGGCGCGAUGGGGUUCGUCAUGAAUACAGGCUUCCCUUUUAUACAAGUUUUCUUAAACUCCACCGGAUCUGUAAAAGCCGCAACUGGUGUGACCGUCGUGAUUAUGGUCAUGCAGUUCUGCGCUGCCAUCAGCAACGUUGCGACGACAUCGCGGCAGGUCUAUGCCCUCGCCCGCGACCAAGGCCUCCCAUUUCCAGGAAUCCUGUGUCAGAUGACAACUUCCUGUUAUUUAUAUUCCAAUUUAUCACAAAUAAGCCCCACCUUCACCGUUCCACCCAACGCCUUAUUCCUCAGUCUUAUCAUCGUGUCUCUUCUCUCACUGAUCGAACAUAUAUGAUGACAUCAUUACUUCUUUAUAUACGUAUUUGUAUCGUGUCCAUUGGGGAGCAACGAAGCCGGAAAAUUAUAAGUUCCUGCGUUAUGGAGCUUCUCGACAAAGACAACUGGCUAAAGUAACGGAAUAAAAUGAAAAGUAUUGGAAAGAAGAAUAACCGACUCAGGUUGUUUGCAAAG